AUGAAAACUGCUUUGAUGGUAGCUGAAAAACCCUCUUUGGCAGCAUCCCUCGCCAAUAUAUUGAGCAAUGGACGAUGUAGUACUAGGAAAGGAUUGAAUGGAUCUUGUUCCGUCCACGAAUGGGUGGGACAAUUCAAAUCCGAGACGGUGAAUUUCAAAAUGACCUCUGUAUGCGGACACGUCAUGACGUUGGAUUUCAUUGGAAAAUAUAACAAUUGGGACAAAGUGGAUCCGGCAGAAUUAUUCUCAUGUCCAACUGAGAAAAAAGAAGCAGUACCUAAACUAAAAAUACCAUAUUUUCUGGCAAAGGAAGGAAGUCAUUGCGAUUAUUUAAUAUUAUGGCUAGAUUGUGACAAGGAAGGUGAAAAUAUUUGUUUCGAAGUUAUAAAUGCCGUACAGCAAGGAAUGCAUAGGAAGUUACACAUAAAUGAUAUAUGGCGAGCACGAUUUUCUGCUAUCACAGAAAAGGAUAUAAAAUCUGCUUUGUCAAAUUUAAUAAAACCCAAUGAAAAUGAAGCAAAAAGCGUUGAUGCGCGUCAAGAGUUGGAUUUGCGAAUAGGCUGUGCAUUUACACGAUAUCAAACUAAAUUUUUUCAAGGUAAAUAUGGAGAUUUAGAUGUAUCUCUUAUUUCUUAUGGUCCAUGCCAAACGCCAACAUUAGGAUUCUGUGUUCAAAGGCAUGAUGAGAUCCAAACUUUCAAACCAGAUCCAUAUUGGGUGUUACAGGUAACUAUUAAGUGUUCUGAUGGUCAAGAUAUUGUAUUAAAUUGGAGUCGUGUACGUUCUUUUGACAAAGAGGUUGCAAACAUGUUCCUAAGUCAUGUUAAGGAACACGAUCGCGCAACUGUAGUGAGUGUACAAAGUACAGAGAAAUCAAAAUCGCGACCUAUAGCUUUAAAUACAGUGGAAUUGAUGCGAAUUGCAAGUUCUGGAUUGGGAAUGGGUCCACAACACGCAAUGCAAAUUGCAGAAAGACUUUACACUCAAGGAUACAUAAGUUACCCACGAACAGAAACGACAUCGUAUCCUGAAAAUUUUGAUUUGCUUUCAACAUUGAAACAACAACAAAAUUCUCCAGAUUGGGGCGAGGAAGUUCGUAAAAUAGUAGCAGCUGGUAUUAAUAGACCAAAGAAAGGUCAUGAUGCAGGUGACCAUCCCCCUAUAACACCCAUGAAACAUGCAACGAGAAACGAACUCGACGGUGAUUCAUGGAGAUUGUACGAUUACAUAACGCGACACUUUAUUGCUACGUUGGCGCGGGAUUGUAAAUAUAUGAGCACUACAAUAAAAUUUGAAAUAGGCAUAGAAACAUUUACAGCAACUGGCCACAGUUUGUUAAGUCCUGGAUACACAAGUAUUCUUACUUGGCAAGCGCUUGGCAAUAAUGAUACUCUACCGAAAUUUACGCUCGACGAAAAAGUAAAUAUACAAGAGGCAAAAUUAAUCGAAUGUUAUACACAACCGCCGGAUUAUUUAACAGAAGCAGAAUUGAUAACUCUUAUGGAAAAACAUGGCAUUGGAACAGACGCUUCAAUCCCUGUACAUAUAAAUAAUAUUUGUAUUAGAAACUAUGUCACUGUUGCAGCAGGUAGAAAAUUAGUGCCCACUUCUCUUGGAAUCGUUUUGGUUCAUGGAUAUCAAAAGAUAGAUCCUGAAUUAGUUUUACCCACAAUGAGAUCUGCAGUGGAAGAGCAACUGAAUCUAAUAGCAUUAGGUCGCGCUGAUUUUCAUGCUGUUUUACAACAUACAGUGGAAAUAUUUAAACAAAAGUUUCAUUAUUUUGUACAAAGUAUAGAAGCUAUGGAUCAGUUAUUCGAAGUCUCAUUCUCUCCGCUGUCGGCAUCCGGUAAAGCGCAUUCUAGAUGCGGUAAAUGUCGUCGAUAUAUGAAGUAUAUCCAAACUAAACCAUCCAGGAUGCACUGCGCACAUUGUAACGAAACUUACAAUUUACCUCAAAAUGGAAACAUACGAAUAUACAAGGAAUUGAAGUGUCCAUUGGAUGAUUUUGAAUUGCUUUCAUGGUCAACAGGAGCACGAGGGAAAAGUUAUACGUUUUGCCCAUAUUGUUACAAUAAUCCACCGUUCAGGGAUAUGAAAAAAGGAAUGAGUGGUUGCAAUUCAUGUACACAUCCAACAUGUCCACAUGGUAUGAAUUCAAAUGGCUUAUCCAGCUGUUUGGAAUGCGAUUUAGGUAUUCUCGUGCUCGAUCCUUCAGCCGCGCCCAAGUGGAAACUGGGAUGUAAUCGUUGCGACGUUAUUAUCCACCUAUUCGAAAACGCGCACAAAGUGACAGUCGAUACGGAUACAUGCGACUGCGGCGCGCAAUUAGUGACUGUCGAGUAUAAACAGGAUAAGAGUAAACUCCCUAACGAGGCGACCGAAAUGUCCGGCUGUGUGUUUUGCACACCGGUAUUCGCUGCGUUAGUAGAAAAGCACCGUGCGGUAGCUUCGAAACCAGUCGUCACGCGUGGUCGAGGUCACACCAAGAGUCGUAAUCGGGGCAAACCGAAACCGCCAAAGGACAAAAUGGCGCAAUUAGCAGCGUAUUUUGUAUAAUGAAUCAAUGAGCACGAGGCGCAUAAUAACUGGAUGCCAUUUGUACGCAUAUUGCGUCGUUUGUUUCGAAUAAAUCCCUAUCGUCCUUCACUCCACGA